CCCCCCUUCAGCGCCCCUCCCCCACCUCACCUCACAGCCUCCCCUUCUUCCUUCACAUCCUUGCUCCGCAGGUCCUCACUGCAGGCUCCUACCUGACUCGAUCCCGUCCUCGCUGCAGGCUCCUACCUGACUCGAUCCCGUCCUCACCACAGGUCCUCACUGCAGGCUCCUACAUGACUCGAUCCCGUCCUCACUGCAGGCUCCUACCUGACUCUAUCCCGUCCUCACCGCAGGCUCCUACCUGACUCAAUCCCGUCCUCACUGCAGGCUCCUACCCUGACUUGAUUCCAUUCUCCUUGCAGGCUCCUACCCUGAUCCGGUCCGUCCUCACUGCAGGCUUCCGUCUUCCCUGCAGGCUCCCACCCUGAUCCAGUCCAUCCUUACUGCAGGCUCCUACCUGACUUGAUCCCAUCCUCCCUGCAGGCUCCUACCUGACUCGAUCCCAUCCUCCCUGCAGGCUCCUACCUGACUCUCCGUGACUUGACGACUGUCCCCCACGCCCUCAUCCUCGUGUCUCCACGGCGGUACAUGCCACCCCCCUGGGGACCCCCCACAACAUCCCACUGACCGCCGGCCCCGAGCACCCCGCGGCUUGGCCAUGAGCCUGGUGCUCCGCGUCCCGCAGCGGGCUGUCCCCGUCCGGAGGGCGCCGCUCCGCUCCCGGGUGGAGCUGCUGAGGGCCGUGCUGGGCGUGCGGGACUUCGACCUGGGCCUGCUGUGCGUGGACAACGAGGGCAUGCAGCGCCUCAACAGGGCCUACCGCGGGGACGACCGCCCCACCGACGUGCUCUCCUUUCCGUUUCACGAGAACGUGAAAGCAGGCGAGCUUCCCCGGCCUCGUUCCCGAGAUGACUACAACUUGGGCGACAUCGUCCUGGGAGUGGAGUACGUCUUCCAGCGGUGCCGAGGACACGCGGACUACUAUGACGCCCUGACGGUGACUGCCGCCCACGGGCUCUGUCACCUGCUGGGCUUCACACACAGCACAGAGGCCGAGUGGCGAAAGAUGUACCAGAAGGAGAAGCAGGUCCUUGAGGAGCUGAGCCGGCUCACGGGGACCAGGCUCCAGCCCCUGAGCCGGGGCCUCUUCUGAUGGUGCUGGAGGCCUGGCACCCAGGUGGCACCUGAGGGACUCUGCAGGUCACAGGAACAACACGUGGAAGACAGAUGGACCCUCCCCUUUGAGCCUGAGGACCAGAGACUCCAGCAAACUGAGGCCCUGCUGGUCACUGCUGGCCCGUGGGGCUGCAGAAGUUACACACGCUCUGAGCCAAAAUUGCAUAAGUGGAACCUUUUUCUGAAAGUAUAAGAGAAGCUUCCAUUCGUUCCUCAUUCUUCACAGGAACCGCAUCCGUUACUGAAGGGGGUGCAGCCCCUGCUCGGGAGCCUGCGUCAGUCCCCUUCCCCAGGACACCGCUGAGGCCCGAGCUCUCAUGCCCCAGAUCCCCGCCCACCCGCUGAGCUGUGUCUCCCGGCUCCAGGAGGUGCCCUGAGCUCCUACUGCCACGUCCCACAGCCUCUUUCUGUCGGUAUUUCCUGUCUUAGCCUCUGAAACUGAAAUAAACACAGGGGACGUCACAGCCUA